CACACUACUUUCACUACCAUAAAAAACAUGGACUAAAUAAUAAACGAAUUACGAAAUCUUUCACCCAGCAAUGCUAUUACAAUAUUAAAAAUAAAACUUCAAAUUGCUCCGGUUUCAAAAAAUGGGAAAACUGCCAUAUUACACAGAAUCUGAUGAAACUGAAGACACUUCCAGUUCAGCUGAUAAUGUCAAGAAGAAGAAAAGAUCAUCAAUACUCAAAUACAGCGGCGGAAGUUUACGCAAAAAGAAAUGCAAACUACACAGCAAGUCGGAACCGGAUGAGACAGAGUAUAAAAGUAAAAGUAACCAAGGAAUCGCACAUAAACUACGCGGUAUUUUGAAGCACACAGAACAUGAAUCUACGGCAUCAGAUGACGAAGAGAGUGCAUCAAGUCGAGUCUUCUCUUGCCGUGAUCGAUGUCUCGUGGGGCGAGUUCCUCGACCUGCCGGGUCAAAGCCUGGACGCGGUGGCGGCGUCGCAAUAGUCGUUAGAAAAAAUAUAAGUAAUCUGCAGCCACAAAAGUCUACAAGCAGCACGAAAAAGCGACGGACGAAACGUUUACUAAGAAAGCAGUCUUAUUAAUUUCAGAAUUCUGUGCCAAUGUGACAAAUUUCUUGAAAUAAAGUUAGUGAAAUAGUAA